AUGAUCAAAGCGCUCUCUUUGCUGCUCCUCCAAGUUGCCUUCCUCUUCACGCUCUCAGAAGCCAAAUCAAGCAUCAUACAGCCUGAACCGGCCAAAGACUUCAAUAUCAGCCAGAUACAGAAUGCGGGGAAAUGUUCUUAUACGGCGAUUAUAACCACAAGCUGCUCCUCAACGAGAUACACAAGGGACCAGAUCAGUAUCUCCUUUGGGGAUGCUUAUGGCAACCAGAUUUAUGCACCGCGACUGGACGAUCCGUCUUCAAAAACAUUCGAACGGUGUUCUACAGACACAUUCGAGAUAUACGGACCCUGUGCAUACCAAAUCUGUUAUCUGUAUGUCUACAGAACGGGACCGGAUGGUUGGAAACCUGAGAAUGUGAAAAUCUAUGGCCACAAUUCCAGGGCUGUUACUUUUUCCUACAACACCUUCAUUCCCAGUGAUAUUUGGUACGGCUUUAACUUGUGCAACACCGCCUCCUCUUCUGCCCAGCCAUCUGCUCAGAAAUGGCUUAUAUAUCUCAUUGUUGGGCUUCUUGUUUUUCUUCAAUUGUAA